AGCGAUCAUGCGCAUUGGCUCAUGAACGAAAAAUAUGGCAGCUGACGAAUAGAGAAAACUGUUGGGACCUGACUCAAUUCGAUAGAAAACGGCAACAGUAAAACAAAAAGGGGGUUGCUGGUGGGGGGGGGGUGAACAACGUGCACUUGUCUACCCCGACACUUUGUUGUGCCACAGCUGCCAACAAUAGUUAACAUGGGCAGGACUUCACUAAAAGACACGAAAGAUAGCAAAAAAGAGAAGCCUGGAAAGAGUAUGGCACCUCCUGCUCCUGCACCUGUAUGCUCUAAAGAGACGUUUAGUUGGGAGGAGUACUUGAAGGAAACGUCAUCCAUUCCAGCCCCUCCAAGCUUUUUCAGACAGUCCAGGGUCCCGCCCACCAACGACUUCAAGGUCGGCAUGAAGCUGGAAGCUCACGACCCGCGGAACUCCACCUCGGUGUGCAUCGCCACGGUGAUGGGCAUCACGGGCGUGCGCCUGCGUCUCCGCCUGGACGGCAGCGACAACACCAACGACUUCUGGAGGCUGGUGGACUCCUCGGACAUCCAGCCCAUCGGCACCUGUGAGAAGAAAGGAGACAUGCUGCAGCCCCCGCUGGGAUUCAGAAUGAACGCUUCCUCGUGGCCCAUGUUCCUCCUGAGAACCCUAAAUGGAGCAGAGAUGGCCCCGGCGACCGCGUUCAAAAAAGAACCUCUAAGGCCUCCCCAGAACAGCUUCAAGCCAGGAAUGAAGCUGGAGGCUGUAGACAAGAAGAACCCGUACCUCAUCUGCCCUGCCACCAUAGGAGAGCUGAAGGGAGAUGAGGUCUUUGUUAUGUUUGACGGGUGGAGGGGCGCGUUUGAUUACUGGUGCAAAUAUGACUCAAGGGACAUCUUUCCUGUGGGCUGGUGCUCCAUCACCAAACACUCCCUGCAGCCUCCAGGCAACAGUGUCACCCUUCCAAAGAACCUGCACAUCCUCACGGCGUCGCCCUCCAAGCCCAGCAGGCGCUCCAUGCAGUCCCCCUACCGGCUGCCCAACCCCCUGCCCCCCCUGCCCGUCAGGAAAGGCGUGCGGGGGCGCAGGCCCAAGAGCGAGACCAUCGCCCUGCUGAAGGCGGUGGCCGAGGCGGCGGCGGCGGCCCAGAAUGGCCUGGGGCCCCAGGACGGGGGCCCUGACCUGCAGCUGGCCCCCCGGCCCCACAAAAAGAGAGGCCCCAAGCCUGGAAGCAAGAGGAAGCCCCGUAUGGCCCAGGUCCCUACCCAGCUGACCAGCCUCCAGGUGCCCCAUGACAACUCUGUGCACCUCAGCUCAGUGGUCUCUACAGUGUGCGUGUACGUCAACAAACACGGGAGCUGCGGGCCGCACCUGGACAGGAAGCAGAUGCAGCGUCUGCCCGACCACUUUGGGCCAGGCCCAGUGAACGAGGUCCUGCAACAGGCCGUGCAGACCUGUCUCGACUGUGCCUACCAGCCCAAGGUGCUGCUGGGAGCCCUGCAGACACACGCCGGAGGGGGAGAGGUGGUCCGAGUGAGGAUGGACGGCGGCGUGCGCCUGGUGAAGCUGCCCACGGCCUCCAGCGCCUCCUUCGUGCUGCGCUUCCUGGAGACCAUCUGCCUCCACCUGCAGUGUGACAACCUGUUCAGCAGCCAGCCCUUCAGCCAGUACACCCCCUAUGACAGGACCAAGUCAGUGAAAGAGGAGGCGUUUGAGACCCCAGCUCUGAGCCGAGGGGGGAAGCGGCCCUCCAGGGACUCGCCCCCCUACGCUGCCCCCCUGUCCCCCAAGCAGCAGCGCACGGAAGCCCACCCUUCAGAAGCAGAGACUCUGCCCCACGAGGAGAACGGCCUGCUGAAGGAGCAGCGCUUCAUGGACUCGGCGUCCAACUCCAUGACCCCGCGGCCUCAGACGCUGCGCGGCUCCUCCGAGUACCCCUCCCAGGCCGGCAGCCCCUACUGCCACGGCACGCCCCUGCGCCGCCUCGGCUCCAACCCGGCAGACCUCGCCAGCGCGCACGCACACCGCCGCGUGGAAGCUGCAAGUUCCACCACGGGCCCCGAGGCCCCGGCUGCAGACAGGGACACCCCCAGGGGCCCCUGUAGGGGCCCUGCCUCCUGGUCCAUCGAGGAGGUGAUGCAGUUUGUGAGGGAGGCCGACCCCUCUGCGCUGGCCCCUCACGCUGAGCUCUUCAGAAAACACGAGAUCGAUGGUAAAGCCCUGAUGCUGCUGCGGAGCGACAUGGUCAUGAAGUACAUGGGCCUCAAACUGGGGCCCGCCCUCAAGCUGUGCCACCACAUAGAGAGACUGAAGCAGGGCAAGCCUUAGCAGGGCCGCCCUGCUCCCCCCCACCCCUCAACCCCCACCUGGAGACCACCCCCCUCCCCCCAUGCAGCCUGGGAGCAGGCCAGUUAGAGGGUCCCUGCUCCCCCAAUGCACACUGAAGGAAACACAAGACAGACAGACAGACCCCGGCAUCUGCCUAGUAACACCUCUAUGGGUGUUACAGCCACACCGUUGCGGGCCCGGGCCGGAGGGGUGGGCGGGCGGGGGCGGGGGAAGACGCGCGCCGGGCGUCGCCGACACAUUACCUCAUCUUCUCUCAUCGGUGAACAGAGAGCCGUGGAGGUCCACAGGACCGCAGCGGCUGGAAUCCCAAAGGAAGAUCAUCUCUGUCGUGUUUACAGGACACAGCACAAGCUCACAUCAGGAGGGUCGCUUUUUUUUUACUGAGAGGGAAAAAUAAACACAUAGUUUCGAUCCUGGUUCUGGGAUCUCCAAAGAUGGAGAAUGUUUUUUUUUUUUUUAUCAAACUUUUGUUAAGAUGACCAUCGUUGAAAAAUUCCUGUUUCGUAACGAGGGUUCUGGGAUUUCAGGAUUUCUUCCCCCUGAAGAGCCUGUCCGUUUACCGCGCUUUAAAGCUUUCGCCGUUGCUUUCCCAAGUCUGUCGGACAACCUGCCAGUCUGAGGGUGACCCAAGACCGUGUCCAUUCCAUUUCUGUCACAGUUCUAGUGACCAGAACACGUGGUGAAACCCAUCACUGUUUCCAGAGCAUUGACACGCUCUAACUCUUAGGACGCUCUUUUCUUUUAAUAUGCUCUACGACUUUACUUUUAACACGUUAUAUGACCUUCAUAAGUGUUUGUUUGUGGCUUCUUUCUGCUCGUGUCGUCUUCUGUGUAUCGCUAGCAUGCUAGAUGGGAGUGGCAUGCCGCGCUCUCGUGUCUUUAAGGUUGUACCGCCCCCUACAGGCUCCAAGCUCCACCUCAACGCUAUUUAUUUCAGAGGACGGCGCAUUGUUGACGUGUAAUUGGGUCUUUUUCAAGAGCUUUUUUUACGUUGGCUUGGUGUUGUGCUGUCUGCAUACCAGUGUCAGAAACACUCAAGUGUGUGGAUCCAGUUUGGAUUUCAUGAACUUUUUUUUGUUGUCACUCAGACCGUUUCAAUCACUGUUAUUAUGGAGAGCAGCUCUGGUGUAUAGUUUUAUGGGUUUAACCAUGAAUAUCAGCAACAAGAAUGUAAAUUUUUGUAGAAAACAAAAUAUUUUUAUGAGAUCCUAUAUGAGGUUGGGGGAGGUGGGGGGUUAUUGCAGACAAUGUAUUUCAUACUGCCUUUUAAUACUUCUCACAGUGCUUUUAGUUGAAUGAAACUCUAUAUUACAAUAGACAUCGCCUUGCUUUUUUGAGAUUUCUCAGGUUCAAGUGGUCUUUGUUAGUACAAACUUUUGUAGCGUACAAUUUUUGAUGUUAUUUACUAAACUUUACUUUAUUAUUUUCUUGGUGACUUUACCUGUUGUGCCAUAAAUGCAACACCAGAUCGUUAGUGCUGAUAAAUACUCUUCUGCAUCUUUUAAGUACUUGAAAAAAGAAAAAAAGUGUUCAUCAAGUCACACACGAAGACCGUUUUUAAAGGACGUAUUGUGUUAAUAAUGUUGUGUUUUUCUACUUUAUAAAGUGACCAGAAUGAGCAGCCUGUGUGCAUUCCUGUGGUUCUGGGGUUCUCCCAGGCUAAGAGCUAAAGAGGAUUUCACGGGUUAGGAGUUUAACCUCACUGGGGAUUAACACACAUAAUCUGAAGUAGAGCCGGUAAUACACAAAACUGCUCAAUGCGUUUAUUUAUGUAAUCAUUCACCUGCAUUGUUUACAAAACAUCUCACCAUCAGAUGGUUCACAGUAGAAAAAUUCUCAUUCAGUACACGGAUACCCAAUACAUACUAAAUGAGGAUGUGUGUGCAGAAUGAAUGGCUUUAAAAAAAGAUACAAAAUAAAUGGAUACUUUAAUCAAUAAA